CGUGGAGGCAGAAUUUAAAAUACUUUCCAUUAACAUUAUCGAAAAGUUUUAUGAAGUCAUAAAACACGAAUAUAAAAGAUCUCUUCGAUGAAAAAAAUAGAACGAGUAUAAAAGAUCCCUCUUAAAAAAAAUAGAUUUUGUCAAAAGAAAAAGAAAAAAAAGUUAUAGAUGGAAAAAAUAAAAAAAGAUAAAAUAAAAGUGUAAUAGACAUGGAAUAAAAUACCUAACCCUUGUAUACGCGGCAUAUAAAUUCCUUAAUUCACUCCGAAAUCACAUUUUUUGUUACAGAGAUCAAAACGAAACCAAACCCUCAAUCCUAAUUUCACUCUGAUUCAGGUUUUCAUUUCCUAAGCAAAACACUUCUCCGAUUCUCAAUCCAAUGGCUUCUUCUUCCAAUCACUCCGCCGCCGCACCUUUUUCCCCUCCGUGGAGCCAGAUUGUCGCCUCCACCACACCACCUCCUUCCGCCGUAGCCGUCAUCGACACUCCGGUCGUCACUUCGGUCAACACUUCUGCCAUCGGUUCUUUGUCGGUGGAAGAAGACCUCGACAACAUCUCCGGUGGAAACAAUGCCGAUAUUGGUAAGAGACAGGUUUGGAGUAAACCCUCCAAUGCUGCUGCUGCUUCCGUCAUGGGUGCUGAAUCAUGGCCUGCUUUAUCUGAAUCCGCUAAGGCUCCGGCCAGAUCACCACCGCCGCCGCCUCUUGAAUUGGUACAAACUUCUUUGGAUGCAUCGACAUCGACUCAAUUGCAGGGUACUGGAAGCAUGCUUCCUACUCCUCAGACACAAGUUAACGAUACUGCCAGUGUCAACAAUGCGGUGCCGGGGCCGACUCACCAAAGACCUUAUAGGCGUUCAAAUUCGAAUGUGUCUUCCAAUGGAUACCACUUGCCGCAAAUGUCUGGGCCUCUAGGUUCUGUUGCUGUCCCACCAGGGUCCCACAACCAAACCUCUGCUCCAGAGGACCAUCCACCGAGAGCUGGAUUUGUGCCUAAUUAUCAACCGCAACACCGGAAUUCAUUCAGGAAUCGGAAUGGUGGUCCACAUCCACGCGGAGAUGGUUCUCACCAUAAUAACUAUGGGAACAGGCGUGAUCAGGACCGCAGAAAUCAGGACUUGAAUGCCCACCAGAGAAAUUUUAAUGGUAGAGACCAUUAUAGGUCUCCAAGAUUUGUUCAACAGUUUCCUAGGCCUCCAAUGCCUGCUAUUCAUGCUCAAUACUAUUACUAUUCACCACCACCAUCACCAAUUCCGCCUUUUGGGGGCUCUUAUGCAUACCCUGAACCACCAAUACCACCUCCAAUGGUAUAUGGUCCACCUCCGCCCAUGGAGCCACUUCGUGGUGUUCCGUAUGUGCCGCCACCGAUACCACCUAAUGCAAUAUUUAUUCAACCUCCGAUUACUGAGUUGCAUACUAAGAUUGUCAACCAGAUCAACUACUAUUUCAGUAAUGAGAAUUUAAAUAACGAUACAUAUUUGAAAAGUCAGAUGGAUGAUCAGGGCUGGGUUCCUUUAAGUUUAAUAGCAGGUUUCAAAAAAGUAAAGUUUUUGACGGACAAUAUUCAGAUUGUAUUAGAUGCUGUUCAAACUUCAAAUGUUGUUGAAGUGCAGGGUGGCAAAAUAAGGAGGCGGAAUGAAUGGAUGAAUUGGAUCACACCUUCUACACAGAUCCCUAAUGUUACAGGUUCUCUAACUGUUGGACAACUAGCCGAAAACAUCCAAAGCAUUUCUCUGGAAACAAAUAAAAGCAACACAACUGGAGGACUAGAUGUUUCACAAAGUUCGAAUAGACAAUAUCUGAUUUCCACUUCUGAGGGUAGUACUGUUCAUGGUGGCAUUCAACGAAAUGAAAAUCAAGAUCACUCUGCAUCUGCAAAAAGUUAGACAUGCAGCGGAGAUGUUCCUUAAAACAAUUUUGGUGGAGAAUAUUCUUUGGAGAGAGGCUGGAAGCGGGAUCUAACAUGUUCUGAAUUUCUUCAUACAACAAAGUGGGGCAUGAAUUCUCAAGGUAUAUAGUAUAAUGUGAUUGAGAAAUGGAGAGAAAAUAUUUUGACUUAAAUGCAAUCUUGGUUUUCACUUUUACUGAUUCACAAUUUUACUCCCCCAUUUUUAAUUCGAUAAUAUAGUCACCCAGUUUUUAAAAUUUCAAAAAAAUUCACCAUCAUUGAAUUUGGGGCUUAUUUUUCUUGAUGUGUCAAGUUGAUAAAUGAGUUGGCAAGUUAUAGGGUGGUGUGACAAUGCAUAUGUGGUUAAUCAUCUUAUUUUCUUUUCCAUAUCAUUAAGAUUAUUUUUAAAAAUGAAAAAAAAAAAUGUAAAACCUUGUAAAAAUCAUCCCUUUUCCUUUUUAUUUUCCUUUUUCAUGAGGUAGGUCUAUGUCUUCCAGAUUUUUGCUUUUUCCUUUUUAUUUUUAAUCUACUUUUAGCUUAUAGAAAGAAGAAGAAAAAUUCUAAAAAAUAUGCAUUGUCACAUCAUUUAGUGACUUGUUAGCCUAUUAUUCAACAUGAAACAUCAAUAAAAAUAAGUUGAAAAUUCAAUGGUGAAAAAUUUUGAAAUUUUAAAAGUCAAGGGUCUACAUUUUAGAUUUUCCAAAAACAAAAACAUUAUCACAUCAUCUGGUGACUUGUCAGCUUAUUAUUCAAUGUGAUACAUCAAUAAAAAUAAGUCCAAAAUUAAAUGGUCGAAAUAUUUCAGAGAUGUUAAAAAUGGAGGGACUAUUUUCCGGAUUUAGAAAUUGGGGAACUAAAAUCUUGAAUCAGCAAAAAUAGAGGAUGAAAAGUGCAUUUUUGUCAUUUUAUACAUAACAGACAAAGACAAAUGAGUUAAAACAGGCUCACAGAAAAUGCACAUUUACAUUAUCUCUGUCAUGGAGCUAGUAGCAUAACUGGUUAUUACUUCUGCUUGUAAUGGAUACAAUGUUCCUUCCCUGAUUGUGGGAGGGUCGUUUGCUUUAAUCCCACCCUUUUCUUUGUUUUGCUUUCCCCUGAAUUCCCCUCAGCUGCUUUUUAUAAUCUUUGGGGUAUCUUCUCACCAACUUUGGAGCAUUAUGUGUGAGAUUAUUAUUAUGGGUCUGAUAUGAAUGAGUUUGAUAUAGCUACUGGUUCACUGAAUGAAGGAGAAAAAUGGAAUGGAAUUUCUGCUGACAGAGCUUGUCCUGCAACUGCUUUGUACAAUAUGAUCACAUCAUAUUUUGAAUAACUUAUAUUUAUACUUUUAUGUUCUUUAUUUUUUGCUUUUUUGUUUUGUUAUUUAUUUAUUUUCUCUAUUCUAACUUAGGCAUAAGUUUGCUCAUGUCUGAUGUGAGCCUAUUUAAACUUGCACUAUCCAGAUUACUGCUGUAUAAGGUUGUUAUUUUGCCAAUUUUAGACUUGUACUGCUCUAUUCUAACUGGUCUUUUAUUAUUUCAUAAUUCAUACU